AUGGGUGGACCAACAGCUAAGACUUUCUUGGGAUGGUGGGGCAGCUUGGGUGGCCCUACCCAGAAGGGUAUCACCUCUUAUGCGGUGUCGCCUUACGCGCAGAAACCCCUCGCCGGUAUUUACCACAACGCGGUUUUCAACACCUUCAGAAGAGUCAAGGCUCAGGCCUUGUACUUGGUCAUCCCAGCUGGAUUGUACUGGAUGUGGUGGGUCAACUGCAGAGACUACAACGAGUACCUGUACACCAAGGCCGGUAAGGAGGAGCUCGACAGGGUCAACGUCUAA